AUGGCGUCAAAGGACAAGCUGAUUUCUUUUGAAGACUACCAAGGCUGCUUGAACGCCUACUGGGAGUGGGCGGAGAGCUAUGAUUCUAAGGACUGGGCUCGCCUGCGCAAAAUCGUCGCCCCUACCGUUCGCAUUGACUACCGCUCCUUCUUGAACAAGCUCUGGGAAGCCAUGCCGGCGGAUGAUUUCAUCGCCAUGAUCUCCGAUCCCAAAGUGCUUGGUGACCCGCGCUUGAUGACCCAGCACUUCUGUGGCGCCAGCAAUUGGGAAAAGGUCUCGGACACCGAGAUCAUUGGGUACCAUCAGCUCCGUGUUCCCCACCAAAAGUACACAGAUGCCACCCGCACCAAGGUCCUCGUCAAGGGACACGCACACAGCAGCAAUAUGCACUGGUACAAGAAGAUCGAUGGGGAGUGGAAAUUUGCCGGGUUGAACCCCAACAUCAGAUGGGGCGAGUACGAUUUCGACAAAGUGUUCGAAGAGGGAAGAGACGAGCUGGGAGACAGCGAGAAGGAGAAGAUUGCAGACGAGGUGGCCAAGGCUGCUGAAGGUAUCCCUUCCAAGUAA